UGUUUGGUGGCGAGGAGUGGGGCUACGCGCGGAGAGGCCUGACCUGGCAGGACUACCUUGGGUCGGCUGUGCCGGCCGAGCUUUGCUGUUGAGGUCUGGUCUCUUCCACUGGGCCCGGGAAGAUGGUGCUGGGUGGUUGCCCGGUGAGUUACUUACUUCUGUGCGGCCAGGCGGCUUUGCUGCUGGGGAAUCUACUUCUGCUUCACUGUGUCUCUCGGAGCCACUCACACAACGCUACCGCCGAGCCCGAGCUCACAUCCGCUGGCGCCGCCCACCCAGAGGGCUCCGCCGGCGCUCCGAGCUGGGAAUAUGGCGACCCCCAGUCUCCAGUCAUCCUUUGCUCUUACCUACCUGAUGAAUUUAUAGAAUGUGACGACCCAGUGGAUCAUGUUGGAAAUGCAACUGCAUCCCAGGAACUCGGUUAUGGUUGUCUCAAGUUUGGUGGUCAGGCCUACAGUGACGUGGAACACACUUCAGUCCAGUGCCGGGCCCUAGAUGGGAUUGAAUGUGCCAGUCCUAGGACUUUCCUACGAGAGAAUAAACCUUGUAUAAAAUAUACUGGACACUACUUCAUAACCACUUUACUGUACUCUUUCUUCCUGGGAUGUUUUGGAGUGGAUCGUUUCUGUCUGGGACACACUGGCACAGCAGUAGGGAAGCUGUUGACACUUGGGGGACUUGGGAUUUGGUGGUUUGUUGACCUUAUUUUGCUUAUUACUGGAGGGCUGAUGCCAAGUGAUGGCAGCAAUUGGUGCACUGUUUACUAAAAAGAGCAACCAUCAUGGCCCAGAGAGGCACGUCUUCUGAAUUCAUCUCUACAGGCUCAAAACUCUUCCUUGAUGCCAGACCUGACCAUUACUUUCCCUCUUUGGAGGGAAUGGGUUUGGUUAGGAAGGUUUCUCUGGACUCCGGGUUUUCAACCCAAAUUUUACCUUGCAGACUAGAAAUGACAAACCAACAGUGUUUGGGAAUCAAGUGUGUACCUUUCCUCAUGUACAAAAUAUAAAGGAUAGUGACUAACUUAUAAGCUGCAGAGGGGUUUGCGUGCUCUUUAUUUCUGUACAUUGCUGUAUCUUUAAUACUUUGGAGCAAGUGGACCCAACAAGAUGAGCAAGUGAACCUUGUGCCUUUUGUGACCCUAAAUCUUCAUGCAGAAGAGAUCUGAAGCUGAACCAGUGAAAAUCUUCAGCAGAAGUAAAAUGGCCAUGGAUUUUAAUACACACUGAAAUUCUGACUUUCUGAAUUUAAAUUGCAGAAUAAACUUUGCCAACCUGGAA